ACGGACAUCAUCAUUUCAAAACGAGCAGUCAAGUAGGUGACCAGCAGGUUUCGUGGAUUGUCGCUUUGGACCUCGAGUUCAACCACGGGAGAUUCUGCGUGAUAAUACGCUUAAUUGAACACCACGACAUCAUGGAUGGUGAGACGGAGCGAAAGCUCGCAGCACUAAUUCUAGCAGAGGCCCAGCGCCUGAAGGCAAGAGCAGCCGAAGAGGGCGUCAGGGCGUAUUUGAAGCCACAUGUUCGAUAUCGUCCGAAUCCGCAGUUCCUCAAAGCCACCGUGCAGAGCGUUGAGUAUGCUAACCGCCUGGCCGACGUGAACGAGAUGUGGAAGGAGAGAGAGCUGGAGCUGGCAGGAAAGGGGCACGAGGCACAGGGGGAGACGGCAGAGCGGCCGCUGGCGAGCAGGGAUAGUACAAGGGGAGAAGGCAGCGUGCGUGAAGUGUGCAGAGAGCAGAGGGGUGGCGAGUGGAGGAGGGAGCGGCGAGAGGAAAGGAGGGAUAGUUAUUGGGAGAGAAAGAGGGCAAGAAGAGAUGAGGAAGAGAGAACUUGGCGAGGAGGAGAGGAGGAGCCAGCUUGGGAAAGAGGGGAAGAGGGGAAGAGAAUGUCGUGCAGAGGGAGGGAGGAGGAAGGGAGGGCAAGGCGGAGAGGAGAAGGGGAAGAACGAGGCUGGCAUGGGAAGCAGGAGGAGAGAGCCUCGCACAGAAAGGAGAACUUUCGAACCAGCAGCUGUAGAAGUGGGCGUGGUCAAGAGAGGCAGAUAUUGCCAUUGCUGCGAGGAGAGAAAGGACGCAGUAGAGGGGGUAGCAGCGGCGAUGAACUCAAGGCACGGGGAGAUCGAAGGAGGGGUGCAUCUGGGGAAAAGCGCAGCAGGAGUCCAACGAGGAGUGAUUUUUCCAGGGAAAAGGGACGGUUUGGAAGCGAGGAUGGCCAAGGGGAGGUGAGGAGUAGCAAGUGGGAGGAUCUAAGUGGCGGAAGAAGGGACGAGACCUUGUGGAAAGGCGAAGCUAGUGGAAGAGAUGUGAAUGGUGAGAUGUGGUCUGAUGAAGACCACUGGCAUGGAGACAGGCCAGAGGAUCGGGGAGAGGAUGAUAUUGAGGAAGGCAAGAUGGACGAAGGACGGGGAGAAGGGAAGUCGAUGCGAGUAGGGCCGGAUGGAGAAGGGAGGCGGAGGUUGUGGGAAGGGAGUGAAAGAGGCAGACUGCCGGUUGGUGGCCGUGGGCUUCGGGAUGCUGACCCUUCUCGGGAGAGGGGACAGCAUGCUGUGGAGGAUUGUAAGAGAAGAUACAGGCGAGGAAAGGAAGGAGAGGAGUUUGCUGGACAAGAGGAGGGAAACAGACUGGAGAGGCGCUCUGGAGAUGGUAUUGGAGGUGGUGCGGCGAGGGAAAGGGUGCACAGGGAGGUGGAAAGGGGGAAAGAGCGCAAGAAGAGCCCAAGGGGGGAUGACGGAGGGUGGACAGGGGAGGAUGCAGAGCAGAAGGGCAUUGAUGACUCCGACCUUAUUGCAUUCCUCAAGGCUAAGGCGAAGAGAGGCAGAGGUGCCAUUGGCUCCCGAGCCGAUGCAUGGGGAUCGGAGCCGCCUUCCUUACCUGCAGGCACGCAGGGAGCGGCUGAGCAGGCGAGUGGGGCAGUGAGCAUGCUGCUGGCGCGAGUGCGGGAGGAGUGGGAGGAUAGUGUGAUGGCUGGGAAAGGCAGGGGGCUAUCUGCCUCAUGGGCUGCUACUGGCCCUCCUGCUGCCAGUGGUGGUGCUGGUGGUGACGCUUGUGGUCCACGUGGCACUGGUGGUACUUCUGCCGGAGGGACGGAUGGCCGUUGGAUUCGAGGUGCUGCUUUAGAUGAUUGGCCUCGUAGUGCUACUGCUGCUGGUGGCAGUGGUAGUAGUGGCAGUAGCGGCGGCAGUCUUGGUGAUGGUGGGAGUGACAGUGCUGACACGGGAACUGAUUCAAGCAGUGAGAGCAGUGAGAGCAGCUCAAGUUCAAGUGAGGAGAGGAGGGAGAGUAGACGGAAGGAUCUCAAGAGGAGGAAGCGGAGCAGCAGCAAGCUUAGGGCAAAGGGGGGGAAACACGGGAAGCGACGGAAGAAGGAAGACCCGAGGGAGAACAAGAAGCGACACCGGCAUAAGAAAGAGAAGAUCAGGAAGCACAAAAAGGCCAAGGAAUAGAUCGCAGAUGUUUGGGGCAUAGUAUAGUGCCUUUCAAAGAAGUUUGAAGCAGAUGGUGGCAGCCUGAAAUCAAUACCUACAUCAACUUUUUCAAGAAUAUCAUCCCAAAUUCUUGUGGCAAUGGCCUAACCUAUCACUCUUAUCCAAAUUCUGACG